UGGGAAUUUGCUUGCCCUUACCGCUUUAAAUUUAUGCUCAACAUUGCGCGAUAGGGCAGAAGAACCCUUUCCCUCAUCCCCCAACAUCACGAUCACCACAACAGCCAACUCAACGUCCAACCAUGAGGGACUUCGUCACGGGUGCCAGCGGCCAACAGGGUGGCGCAACAGCCCGACACCUCCUGGACCAGGGAAAUUGAGUAUAUGCCCUCGUGAGAACCGACAAGAGCAGCACAGCCGCUGACCUCGAGGAACGCGGCGCCAUUGUAGUCGAGGGCACCUUCGACGAGCUCCUCCACAGGGUCUGCGAAGAAGUAUCAGCCGUCUUCCUCGACGCCUUACCCUCCCCCAACAACGACUCCGAACUGCGUCACGCAAGAGACGUCAUCACCGCCGCUCACGCGCCCCGCAAGAGCAUCGUGACCACCAUCGUGUACACCAGUAUCUGCGACGUCGACCAACGCGCCCUGUCUCCCGGCUGGUCUGAUUGGCUCCAGGAUAGUAUUCUGAAACAAUACCUCGCCAGCAAAGCCGCUAUCAAAGACCUCGUACGUACCGCCGGCUUCCAGCAUUGGACAAUUUUCCGGCCCCCCAUCUUCAUGACAAAUUUCCUUCUCCCUGGCGCCCGAGCAUAUUUUCCCACGCUACCUAGCCUAGCGCGGGACUUGAGGAUCGCUACGGCGCGCGGGAAGCGUAUCAUGCUUAUUGAUACGGAUGAUAUUGGACGGUUGGCAACGGCGGCUAUUCUUGACUCGGCUCGGCUCUCGCCUCGUGCUAUUGAUAUCGGUGGUGAGGCGUUGACGACGGAGCAUUUUGUGGCGGUUUUGUCGGGGGUUAGUGGUUGGGAUAUUCUUGUAGGCUAUAUUCCGCCUGCGGUGGCGGCGCGUUUAGCUCGCGUGGAUCCCUAGGUCAGUGUGCAGUUGUAUUGAGAGACGAUGGGACUCUUUGUUGGCGCAUCAGGAUCAGGAUCGUGUUAGGGAGGCGUUUGGAUAAGGUGGAUUGGAUUUUUGAUACCGUUUCUUCUGAUGUUUGAAGCUGAGCAUUCUCAGUGAAAACGAGUAUAGCAUAAUUCUAGAAUGUAGAGGAGCAUACUAAAACACCCUCUAGUACCGCACUGGUAGCCUCGAGUAAGUCCCAAACCUCUGUUUUGUUAAGAAACGGCAUUUGCCUUAAACAAAAGGAAAGUCAUGAAUGCAGGUCGCACAUGGC